UUUCUUAAUGAAUUUAUACUUUCAUUAUAAAUAGAUAACUGCACUGUUUUAUUACCAAAACCUAUUUAAUAUUCUAUUAAAAAUUUUGCAAAAUGAACUGUGUAAUUUAUUUUGGUAUGUUAUUAUAUGUUAAAUCUUCUUUUGUGAUAAGUUCGACCGAUCGGUGUUUUGAACUUAUUAAUAAAAUUCUAUGUGAUGAAUACAAUCUAAUUCCAACUAAAAAGCUAUCACAAAAAGAAAGACUUGAUAAAGCUAAUGAAAUAGCGUUAAUGUUUGGAAAUCAGAGUGUCGAACCAAUCGAUGAAUAUGUGAAAGUUGAGGAAACCGAAUUUGAAAAUGUAUUUGAACUUUUACCCAAACAUUAUUCAUCAUCGCUUGUGGUUAGCGUUGGAACAAUUAUAGAAAGAUUCCAGGAAAUUAAAGAUAAAAACAAAAACGUUAGCAAAAACGUAAAAAAAAUUAUUAAAAAAUUGGAAACAUUCGAUGAAAAUGAAUUUUUAGACCUAAGAAUUUGUAAACAAAUAAUGAAUAACCAAUAUUAUCCAGUACCACAUAAUUGGGUUUUAAAAUGUCAUAAGCUCAAUUCUGGAUUUAAAAAAUAUGAUCCAGAUAACACCGGAAGAAUCGCUUUUGGUGAUUUUAAGUGUGUCAUCGAAAAAGUUCUUGUUAAUGAUUUAGUAAAAACAAAUAUAUUAAAUAGAUUUUCUGGCGUAAAAGACGUUUGUUAUGAAGCAUGGUUAUUGAAAAUAAGAAAAAACUUGUAUGAAAGUCAAUUUGGUGUGCAAUGUUUAGCAAUGAAAUGUCUUACUGGCAUUGCAUAGUAAAAAACAGUAUUUUUAAUUUAUAUAAAAAGUGUCUGUUUUUUAAAAUAAAUCAUAUUAUUACCAAAACAUUUUUACAUUUCUUAAUAAAAUAUAUAACAAAAUAAAAAAAAAACAAAAAUGAUCUAUUA